CCGCCUCUCCCCUCUCGCGUGUCAUCUACGGCUCCUGCUCUGUUGUGUCCUCCCUCUCCUGGCGUCUAUAGUCCAAAGCGACCAUCUAUAUCUCCAGGGGGGAGGACGUGCGCUUCUCCACAUGCACCUGCGCGCCUCCCUACCUGAUCGGAAAGGCCGAAGAGGCGUUGUUUAGAAUCGGGAUCUUUUCAAACGGUGAUGCUGCCCCUGGACGGGAUGCACCCCCCUCUGGAUCAUCGCUAGCAGGGCAGGCUCCAACAACACCUGUGUCUCUCAUCUCCAUCGGCCUUCUUCGCUCCAGGAGAAGAAGAGGUGGAGCCCACUGGUGGAAAGAAACGUGACACCGGGAGUGGUGCAACCUGACACGUUUGGGGCUGAGACCGGACCGCAGCUGUGAGGCGUUGGGAGUUUUUGGGGAGGUUGCGUGCUCGUCUGCGUGAGAAGAUGCCUGCAACACGGGCGCUGCUGCCUCUGGUCCUCCUCAUGGCGCUUCAAGAGCCUCAACUUCUUCUUCCUCUCUCACCUCUUCUCGCUCUGUGCGCUCACCACACGUUCGCUAACGUUGUCCCUUUCACCGCUCUUCUCGGUGCUUGCUUGAGUGCGUGCUUAGCCUGACCCCAUGUGUGUCUCCUGUCCCCAAAGCAUGACCCCGGCGGGGGUCAAAGUUGAGGGUAGCAGGCCGUCAUUGGCUGAGGCCUGCAGUGUGAGAUGCUUGCAGUGAUGGUGUGCGGCGGCGCCUGCGUGGAGGUGGACUCGGACACGGAGGCGGUGGCCAAUCAGGGCUUCAAGCUGGGCUGCAUCUCCUGCAAGAAGAGGGGGGAAGUGAAGGCCACGGCUUCUGUCAGUUGGUUCUUCCAGGCCUGGGACGACAACGUCUCCUCUGAGCUGUACACCUACGCAGAGAGGGAAGGCAAGGUGAUGGAUCCACGUUUCUAUGGCCGCCUGCACUGGAAUGGCAGUAAAAAUACGGAGGACUUGCAGGACGGCUCCAUCUACAUCCUGAACGUCACCUUCAACGACACAGGAACCUACCAGUGCAAGUUUAGGCGCAUGCUCAUCUACUCCAACAGUAUAUAUGAGACCAACCCAAACAAGACCGUCAUCAUGAAGGUGGUGCCCCGAGUGACCAGAGGGAUGGCGUCCAUUAUGUCUGAGGUGAUGAUGUACGUGUCCAUCAUCGGCCUGCAGCUCUGGUUGUUGGUGGAGAUGAUUUAUUGCUACAGGAAGAUUUCAGCGGCAGGCGAGGAAGCUUUGAGAGAGAGCGCAGCGGAGUAUUUAGCGGUAGAAUCAGAAAGUAAAGAGGUGGAAGUAGCAGAGUGAGAGUCCAGCCUGGGCAAGAACUGGCGAAGAGACGGAUUCUCACUCGCAACUUCAUCCUCCUCCUCAUCCUCUUCAUCGCCUCCGUCGUCAUGACAACAAGGGUCACUGGACUUCCUGCGGCAACAAAAAGGGGAUUUGUGUUGUGCGUGCACGUAGUGUGUGUGUG